GUUCAAAACAAAGCACCAAACAGACAGCCACCAUAAGCAGACUCGUCACUCUCAUCUUGUUCAUCUCGGCUGAAUCCUCUUGAGCGACUCUCCGUUUGCACACAAAUCGAAAAGUUCGACGUCCUAGAAGGCAUUUAUUCAAAAGAUCAAAUCUCUCGUCAUGGAGCUAACGAUCAAACUCUUAAAUGGGAAUACUUUUUCCCUGUCCGUGGAUCCGCGCACCACAGUCGGACAGCUGAAGUCCAAGAUCCAACAGAACGCGGAGGUGCCCAGCGCGAGGCAGCGGCUAAGUACGCAGAACGGCCACAGGAUAGACCUGAAAGACCACGGGAAAACUCUGCAGGACUACGGUUUGCAUUCGGGAUGCAUAAUCGCCGUGCUGAUCGUACAGACCUUUCAAGUGUUUCUGAAAAACAUUACCGGCAAGACGCACACCUACGACAUUUUCCCGGGAGAGACCGUCGCUGAGUUCAAGCGCAAGGUCCAAAAUAAGGAGGAAGUCGUCGUCGAGCAACAGAGGUUGGUCUACGAAAGCAAGCCCCUGGAGGAUGGCCGUAAACUGGAGGACUACGGUAUAAAAGCGGGGAGCGUCAUCCACCUCCUGCUGCGUGGGAGAGGAGGCUGAAUCUGGUUCACUGCGCCAGUUUUUCCAUUAUUUUGAACUCUGCUUCUUUUAAUUUCUAAAAUUAUUUUUGUAAAAUGUUUUAAAACUUUGAAUUAAAAUUCUAUUUAUAAGGAUCUAUUAUUAUACUAAAGACAUAAUGGGACCCUGCUCAACUAACUUGCUUUUACUUUUCAACUGUCUUUAAUGAUAGCUGUGAAAUACUGAAAUAAAAUGUUAUAUGCAAUUCUCUGUAUGUCAUUAACUCUAUUGAGUAAUGUAAUGUUUCUAAUGUGAGGAUGAGUAUAAAAAGAUGUGCUUAGUGAAAUGUGUUUUCGUUUAGGCCAUGCUUGGUGUAAUUGGUGCAUUAUAUGGCACUGCUUCAGUAAAAAUGUCCAGCUGAAAUGACAGGACAAUUGUGCAGGUGGCAAUCUAGUAUAACCGGUAAGGAGCUGGUUUUGUAACAUAAAGGUCAUAGGUUCGAUUCCCAGCUCGGACACUGCCGUUGUAUUCUUGAGCAAGGUGCUUAACCUGCACUGCUUCAGUAUAUAUCCAGCGGUAUAAAUGGAUGCAAUGUAAAUCCUGUGUAAAAAAAAAGUUGUGUAAGUCACACUGGAUAAGAGUGUCUGCUAAAUGCUUGUAAUGGAAUGCAUAAAUUGCUCUGGGUAAGAGUCUGCCAAUGGCAGUAAUGUAAUGGUGCAAGAAUAAACAAACCAUGAUGAAGGCAA